UACAUGCACAACAACGAAAACACAUACAUUAGCCACCAAGGAGCUUCUUAACGUUAGCUGGCAAAUUAAACACUAUUUUUCAGGUGUUAAAAAGUGACAGCUCGUGCAGUGAGUUGACAAACGCGCGCACUUUGCAAAGUCCGCGACGUGUGGAUUAUUUGUUUUCAAUCCGUCUUUGAAUUAAAACGAGGCGUUGCUGAAGACAUCCCUUCCUGUUUGAAGUCCAGAACAGCCGAGGCACACAACUUCCAGCCGAGCCAGAAAAUGUUCCAGAAAUGAUAGCAGCGCAGGAUUUGCACACAGAGUUUCAGUUUCCUCCGGAGGCAGAGUCCCAGUUGUCAUCAGAUACUGACCUUGAGGAUCCUGAUGGCAAAAAUGCAAAAUCAGGAAAGGGCACGGCCGCCAAGAAAGGGAAGAAGGCCUUCGGAGAGAGGGCCAGAGGAGGGGGGGCCGGGAGGGUCCCUGCUUCUGGCUGGGUGAACGGCCACCAUCACGAGAAUGGGAUGGAGAACAUGACUCUGUUCGAGAUGAUUAAAAUGGGGAAGAGUGCCACACAGUCUGUUGUUGAUGACUGGAUCGAGGCGUACAAACAUGACAGGGACAUUGCUCUUUUGGACUUAAUCAACUUCUUCAUUCAGUGCUCUGGUUGUAAAGGUGCGGUGAGUGGAGAGAUGUUCAGGCAUAUGCAGAACUCUGAAAUCAUCCGCAAAAUGACGGAGGAGUUCGAUGAGGACAGUGGCGACUAUCCAUUAACUCUCUCAGGACCACAGUGGAAAAAAUUCAGGAUAAGCUUUUGCGACUUCAUCGCUGUGCUGGUGCGGCAGUGCCAGUACAGCAUAAUUUACGAUGAGUACAUGAUGGACACGGUCAUCUCACUACUCACGGGCCUGUCGGACUCACAGGUCCGGGCAUUCAGACACACAAGCACACUGGCAGCCAUGAAGCUGAUGACCGCCUUGGUGAAUGUUGCUCUCAACCUGAGCAUCAAUAUGGACAACACACAGAGGCAGUACGAGGCGGAGAGGAACAAAGUGGCGGCAAAAAGGGCCAACGACAGGCUGGAGCUGCUGCUGCAGAAGCGGAAAGAGCUUCAAGAAAAUCAAGAUGAAAUAGAAAACAUGAUGAAUGCCAUUUUCAAAGGAGUGUUCGUCCACAGAUAUCGGGAUGCAAUCGCUGAGAUCCGAGCUGUUUGCAUUGAGGAGAUCGGCACGUGGAUGAAGCUCUACAGCGACGCCUUCCUGAACGACAGCUACUUGAAGUAUGUUGGCUGGACGAUGCAUGACAAGCAAGGCGAGGUGCGGCUGAAGUGCUUGACUGCCCUGCAGGGCCUCUUCUACAACCGAGAGCUCAGCACUCGACUGGAGCUCUUCACGAGUCGUUUCAAGGAUCGCAUUGUCUCGAUGACUCUGGAUAAGGAGUACGAUGUUGCAGUGCAAGCCAUUAAGCUUCUCACUCUUGUUUUGCAGAGUAGUGAUGAGGUGCUGACAGCGGAGGACUGUGAGAGUGUGUAUCAUCUGGUUUACUCGGCACACCGACCCAUCGCUGUCUCAGCAGGAGAGUUUCUGUUCAAGAAGCUGUUCAGCCAUCGAGGUCCUGAGGACGAAGGACUUCCCAGGAGAGGCAGGCAGAGCCUUAAUGGUAGCCUCAUCAAGACUACUGUCUUCUUCUUCUUGGAGAGUGAGCUUCAUGAACAUGGAGCCUACCUGGUGGACAGCCUGUGGGAGUGUGGCUCCGAGCUGCUCAAAGACUGGGAGACCAUGAUCAGUCUGUUGCUGGACGAGCCCGUGCCAGGAGAGGAGGCCCUCACUGACAGGCAGGAGACCGCUCUGGUGGAGAUCAUGCUCUGUGCCGUCAGGCAGGCUUGUGAAUGCCACCCUCCAGUCGGCAGAGGCUCAGGAAAGAGGGUGCUGACUGCCAAAGAGAAGAAAACUCAGCUGGAUGACCGGACACGGAUCACAGAGAUGUUUGCUGUGGCUCUACCUCUGUUGCUGGCGAAGUACUGCGUUGACAUUGAUAAAGUCACCAACUUGCUACAAAUCCCAAAGUACUUUGAUCUCGACAUCUACACAACUGGACGGUUAGAGAAGCAUUUGGAUGCCUUGCUGCGACAAAUCUGGGAGGUUGUGGAUAAGCACACAGACACGGAGGUCCUGGAGGCCUGCUCCACCACCUACCACUAUCUCUGCAACGAGGAGUUCACCAUCUUCAACCGCGUGGACAUCGCUCGAUCCCAGCUGCUCGACGAGCUGGUGGACAAGUUCAACAGGCUCCUGGAGGACUUCCUGCAAGAGGGUGAAGAACCAGACGAGGACGACGCUUACCAGGUUCUGUCGACACUGAAGAAGAUCAGCGCUUUCCACAAUGCACACGACCUCUCCAAGUGGGAUCUCUUCACCAGCAACUACAGGCUACUCAGCACGGGGCUGCAAAACGGGGAUAUGCCGGAACAGAUUGUGAUUCACGCGAUGCAGUGCACUCACUAUAUUAUCCUGUGGCAUCUUGCGAAGGUUUCAGACGGCGCUUCAGUGAAGGGUGACAUGGUGACUUUAAGAAAGCAAAUGAGAGCUUUCUGCUUGAUGUGUCAACGUUACAUCAAUACUGUCAACACAGCCGUCAAAGAACAGGCCUUCACCAUACUGUGUGAUCUGCUCCUCAUCUUCAGUCACCAAAUCAUGUCGUCGGGCCGUGAGCAGCUGGAGUCUCUGGUCUACACGCCAGACUCUUCUUUACAGGCAGAGCUGCUCAACUUCAUCCUGGAUCAAGUUUUCAUUGAUCAGGAUGAUGACAGCAACAGCACAGAUGGACAGCAGGACGAUGAAGCCAGCAAAAUUGAGGCUCUGCACAAGCGGAGGAACCUUCUUGCCGCCUACUGCAAAUUAAUCGUAUACAAUGUUGUGGAAAUUGACACUGGAGCAGAUAUAUUUAAACAGUACAUGCGGUAUUACAAUGAUUAUGGAGAUAUCAUUAAGGAAACAAUGAGUAAAACAAGACAAAUCGACAAAGUGCAAUGUGCAAAGACCCUCAUCUUGAGCCUGCAGAAGUUAUUCAAUGAGAUGUUGUCUGAGCUCGGCCUCAGCUUCGACCGCUCGUCGUCCGCCUUCUGUGGAAUCAAGGAGCUCGCUCGACGCUUCUCGCUCACCUUCGGUUUGGAUCAAUUGAAAACCAGGGAGGCUAUAGCCAUGCUUCAUAAGGAUGGGAUCGAGUUUGCUUUCAAAGAGCCCAGUCCCCAAGGAGAAGGCAGUCCGCCGCUUAAUCUGGCAUUUUUAGACAUCCUGAGCGAGUUCUCGAGCAAACUGCUUCGACAGGACAAGAGGACGGUUCACAUGUACUUGGAGCGAUUCAUGACAUUUCAGAUGGCCCUGCAGAGAGAGGACUGCUGGCUGCCCCUCAUCUCGUACAGGAAUUCCCUCCAGGCUGGCGGAGAUGACGACACAAUGUCCGUCAUCAGUGGGAUCAGCAGUCGAGGGUCCUCCGUCAGGAGUAAGAAGUCCAAGCCAGCUGCUGCCAGCAAAAGAAAACUGCCCGAAGCAGAAGAGAACAGCUGCAGCAGCAGCGAUGCGGCCUGGCUGAACCGGGAGCAGAGCGCCCAGACCCCCAUGAUGAUGCAUUCGCCGCACCUCACGUCCACCGUGCUGCGGGACCCAAAGAAGAUGAGGCCCGAGGACGGCUACGCAGCCGCGCAGUUCACAAUGCCCGUCGAGCAGCAGCAUCAGCAACCCAUGACUCCCCAGCAGCAGCAGCAGCCACACCAAGAGCACCAGGCUCCCAUCGAUUACAACACCCAGGUCACUUGGAUGAUAACGCAGAGACAACAAGCCGAGGCUCGGCAGCAGCAGGAGCGGGUCAGCAUGCACUACGCCAAGAUGAGGAGCCACAUGCAGCAGGCGCUUCGCCGAGGCUCCGGGCUCAUGGAGGACGAUGAGGAGCCCAUCAUGGAGGACGUGAUGAUGUCGUCUGAGGACCGGCUGGAAGACAUCAACGAGGGCAUGGACUUCGAUACAAUGGACAUCGAUUUGCCAGCAUCAAAGAACCGCAGGGAGCGAACUGAACUAAAGCCAGACUAUUUUGAUCCGUCUUCUAUCAUGGAUGAUUCGGUUCUCAAUGUGUCGAUGUUCUAACAUGAUUUGGGGAAAAGGACGAUGUGGCCUCCAAACCUUCUGGAGAUGACGGACUGCUUCCUGUGAAAUGGACACCAACGUUUGCCUCUUUAACACUUUGUUGCAACAUAGAAGGAGAGCUUGAAUUAAGAGUUUUAUUCUGCUAUUUUGGCACGCCGGACUUUUGUCAUACUGCAGGGGAAAAGUUUGUUUUGCUGGAUCGGAGUCAGGAUCUGUUUGCAGUGGAGCAUUUUUUGGGUGUGUGAAAAGUGCCAGGAUGGAUGUUUUGUGGCUGUUGCAUGGUGAUCGGACUCUCAAGUGGCAGUAAUCCAAGCCAAUGUUAUAAACCUUUAAACUUUUAUAUUUAAAUCAACUGAAAAUGUAAAUAAGUAGUGGCCAAUAUAGAGGAGAAGUGAACAGAACUUUAAGAUCACAGGAGGAUCGAAUCUACAGAGCCUGACAGAAAUUCAACUUUUAUGAAGCUGUUUUGUUGUUCACACCACAUUGGCUCUGAUCUUUGUCUCAGACGUUUUAAUCUUAUAGCCAUACUUUUACAAGUUUGUCAGUGGAUCAGAUCAUGGCGAGGUUUCUCAAGGCCACGUACGAUUGGAAAGGUGUGAGUGAUGUUGCCUUCACCUGCUGUACUAAGCUGUAGAUCCUGGCAUGGCAUGUAGCCAUAUAUAUUAAAAAAGAAAAAAAAAACGAUAAACCUGUACACAGUGGAGUAUAAUGUGAACCGGCGUGUCAACCUGUUCAAAGGCCUUGCCACAGAUGAUAUACAGAAUUCUGAGAUUUCUUUGUGAUGGUAUUUUUUAGAAACAUGCGUUCUGCUUUUAUAUCUUAUAGAUGACUUUGAUUUAUAGACAUUUUGUAACGACAAUCAAAUGUAAAUGAAUGGUUUCUAAUAGUGUUAUUUCGCAUAGAUACUAAAGUAAUCCUUUUUAACGGGAACAGUUAUGUUACUGUAGAUACGGCCAGCUCCGAUGUGGUGAUCGGACUAAUUGAUCACUGCGUCUGAAAUUAUUUUGUAAUAUCGGGAGCAUUCAUACGAUCGUUCAUGAACUCUACACGUAAUCUCUCUCAUAUAUGCUGACCAGUUCUUCCCACUGUAUACUAUCUAAUAAUAUCUAUUAACAAAGACAUGUCAUUAUUACUAUCUUUAGAAGAAAGGUUUGAGAAAAUGGUGGAGAAAGUUGUGUGUCGUUUGUUUUUGUUUUUGUUUCUUUUGGGGGGGGCAUUAUCGGUUUGGUUUACCACUGUUGCGUGUAUAAAUAUUAUAGAGCUAUUCUAAAUUACAAAGUUUUACAGUACUUUAGUCAACCACGAUACUAUCAGAAUUGUAUAUUAUACAAUUACAAAAGUGUAAUAUAUUGUGCAUCGGUGCUUAUUUUAUAUCUGCAGUUUCUGGUGUGGACUUUUUGGUCAUGGUUAAAGAAAAAGAAUGUAACUCUUUAAUCCUACUAACAGGGCAUAUUUGGUUUAGUAAUGCAUUGUUGCGAUAUUUCUGUUUAUCUAUAAGCCUGGUUGGCAAAUCGAGAUUUUAUGGAAGGUGUGUUCAUACCGUAGCUAGAAAUAAAUCCCUCAGAUCCUCUGAAUGUCACUGUAAAACUAGAGAAACAGACAGCAGCACAUUCAUAGCUAAUCGAGCUAGGCAAAUAAGAACAAUACAUCUUCAAAUUGCCUGUAUAUUUACAUAAAUCAUUUCAUCUGGGAUCUAUUCUGUUUUGCAUUGAACUGCUGAAAUGUGCAUACAUCUGUAUGUUUAUAUACAUAUUUAAAUAUUUGCAUAUAUUAAAUUUUGUGUUUCUAUCCCAUUUACAAAGUGCCGAUUGCAUCCUUUAUUGUUUGUAUUUAUGUCUGGAGAUGUAACAUGAACAGAAUAAACCAUCUACAACUGUG